AUGUUGUUUUUUGCUUUUGAUCGUUUACCUGUCGAAUUAAUUCUUAUGAUAUUUCAAUAUUUAUCUGGUAAUGAUAUAUUUCUAUCAUUUUCAAAUACAAGUUUUUAUAUAAAUAAUAUUUUAAAAUCCUAUAAUAAAUAUUCAUUAAAUUUUAUUUCAUCUACAAGAGAAAAAUUUGAUUAUAUAUUAUCAAAUAUAGAAUUCAAUAAAAUUAUUUCAUUAACAUUAUCAAAUGGAGAAUUAACCGGUGGCCAAUUUAAUCUUUUUCUUUCAAAAUAUUCACCGUCAUUUUAUUUAUUUAAUAAUUUAUAUUCUUUAACUCUUCAUUGUAUUCAAAUGAAAAAAACUGAAUAUAUACAAUUAAUCGAAGCGUUUAAACAAUUUCAAAAUUUACGUUUAUUAUAUCUUAAUCAAAUAAGUUUAAUCGAUAUUGAUGAUUGUUUUAUAUCAGCAUUUAAUCAACUCAAUAGUCAUUGUUUAAUCAAACUCAAUAAUUGUGAACAAUUGAAUAUUAGUUCAUUGUCAAAUAAAUUACAAUAUUGGAAAUCAAAUUGUUUUAAUUUCUAUCGUCAACAAUGGACUUGUCUUCGUGGAAUUAAAUUAAAAGACUUAUCGCGAACAUCAUUAAAUCAUCUCUUACAUUUAACACCACAAUUAAUUUCAUUAAUUAUCGAAUGUGAAAUAGAUAAAAAUACAUCAUCACCAAAUUUUCGUCUUGUACCAAAUUUAAAACAACUUAUAUUUUCAUGUCAAAAUUUAACAUUUCAUUAUUUAAUUGUCGAAAUUGGUUUAGAUACAUUAUCAAAAUUAAAACAUCUUCAAAUUAAAUGUAAUACAAGUACGGAUGAACUUAUUUUUAAUGGUGAUCAAUGGAAAAUAUUUUUAUCUCAAUCAUUUUCUUAUUUAAUUAAAUUUGAUAUUUAUUUCAAAUAUUCAUAUAAAAAAAAUUUAUCAUUAAAUACAUUUCGUACACAAUUUUGGCUUGAAGAAAAAAAAUGGUUUGUUGCGCUAUGUCAUUGUCAAUAUUCGAAUAAUUUAGAAUUAUUUACUGUACCUUGUUUUAAUACAACAAUUAAAUUAUCACAAUCGAUUAUUGAUACAACAUCACCUUCAUUCGAAUAUCUUACUUCAAAUAUUCAUAGAUUUGAUAAUAGUUGUUUAAUUGAUAAAAAUAAUAAUUAUGAUAUUUUAUUAGAUUCUCAUCGUUAUGAAUAUAUUGAAACAUUAGAUAUUAUUAUUCAAAAUAAAUUCGAUAGUAUUUCAUGUUGGAUAGUAGAUUAUAAACAAAUACUUGAUUUACUUGAAUAUAUGCCAAAUGUAUUUAAAAUUAUUUUAAAUUCUUGGCCAAAGAAAGAUUCUUGGUUACAAAUUAAAAAAGGAAAUUCACGAAUUAAUUCAAUUGAAUUACCUGCUCUGCAUAAAACUAAUGAUAAUCGAUUACCAAGUGGAUUAAAACCCAUCUUUUCUCAUUUAUUUCCUUGUAUUAAACAUAUUUAUAUGUAUGUUCAUUAUCCGGAAUUAUGUUAUCAAUUGGAUAAAUAUACUUUACCAUGGAAGAAUUUAUCAAGUCUUCAAAUAAAAUAUUUUUUCAGUAAUAAUAUUACUGAAGAUGAAGAUGAGAAAAAUCGAUAUAAUAUAUGGAAAGAAAUAUUUCUUAAUGAAAUUUUACCUAUACAAUGUCAACGAAAUUUUACAUUUACAGAUGUUGAUAAUAAACUUAAUAUUUGGUUUGGUGAAAUAAUAGUAAAUGAAGAGAAAUUUCAAAAUAAUAAUCAAAUAGAAAAAGUAUUUUGUUAUUAA